UCUUUGUUGCGUUCUAGUUUGCUGCGCUGCGUGUUCCUCUCGCAGUUUCGGAAGUGGUUCUGCGUUGUGCUUUUACUUCAUGCUUCCACCUUGUUCACCCGUGGCACGUUUUCGAGGAUAUUUUAAACGAGGAAUGGCAUUCGACUAGGAUGGUCUCUCAUUCUGAUCUCCCGCCUUUUUGCGAAAUCCUCUAAUUAAGAGAUGAUAACCAAGUUUAGGAAACGCCAAAGCUGAUGCACCUUCUCAAGGAUCCAGUUGCAUGGCCACGCAAAGACAGUAUUGCAGCACUGCUGAAGGAGCUGGUGAAAUGCACACUGGAAUACAAGGAACACAGCAGCAGAAGACUGCCAUGGAUCAAGAUGAAUUUCAGAAGCAAGUUUUGAGGCUUCUACACGUUGUGCGGUUCACGCUGCAGCAGCACAGUGAUGUACUUCAGGCGAUCUGCAACCAAGGUGUUAACAAUGCGGUGGCACAAACUGCACCAAACUUCCUUGUGAAAGCUGCAUUUACAACGUCGGAGGCCCUUGAGGAGUUUAGUAAAUCUCUGAAUGAAGAGCGACAGGCCCAGCUGGUUGACAAGUUGUCUCACCGUGGAGGGACUGAUGUAAGACAUGCAACAAGGAGCAUUCUCUCAUAUUUGCUUACGGACACGGGAGUACAGCUGGCUUGGACAGAAAGGAAAACGGAAGUUCAGCAUGCUGAACUUCCCUCCCCUUAUUUUUUAGGCAGUUAGACGAGACAAGAAGCUAGCUACGGCAACGAAAUCAGAAGUGGAAAGCGCCAUCAAAUCCUGGCUCCGCCAUGCUAACGAGAAAUGCAAAUCCAAAGAAGCCGAGAGUGAAGGCUGAGUCAAACAUCAAGAUUCUUGUAUUGUUUGUAGUGUCUUUGGUGCAAGUGAUGUCAAGGUCAACUCUAGUCACACAGAUUGAUGUGAUAUAGCCAUUUUAUAUAAUCAUUUUAUCUAGACGUACAGACUUUUUUACAGCACAUCUGUGCAGAAUAAGAGUGCGUGGCACGUGUGCUCAUAUUUGCGUACUAGUCUCAGACCUCGAGGUUUUUUUUUUUUUUUUUUUUUUUUUUUGUUAAGGUCUGGUCAGUCAUAUACACGUCACAGAGUUAAUAACUGCAAAAAUAAGACUCUCGAACCGGAAGCUGAGUCACAAUAUGGAGCCAGGCAUAAGGCAGUUAAGUUCAGAACUGUGGCUAAUUUUAGAGCUGGUAUUUUUUCUACUACAGGUCUUCUCUGGAGGGCUGAAAUAUUUUGUUUAACAAUUUUGUUGUCCCAUACUAUUUAGUGUGUGUUGCAAGAGUUAGCAAAUGACAUAACGUUUUCAAGCACUGCGAUCAAGUGCCUUACCCUGUCCAUCUCCCUAUGAACCUAUCUGUCUAGUCGUUUAGCCAAUGAGUGUAUGAACAAAACGGACAUACACCACACUAUUCACGUGUAUUGCCUAAGUAACAUCAUUUCAUUUGACGCAGCAAUGAAAACUAAAUUUACUGGAACCAUGAAGGUCGGGGCACACACACUGACUUUAUUGAUGGAGCAGAUACCUACAACAGGACAUGUGUCUCUCAGUGUUGGCAACCACAGUUACAGUAAAUUUAUUUUUAUUUGCAGCAUCACACGAGACAACGUUACCUCAGCAGUAUAGCUCAACAUUGAUGUGUAUGUCUCCUAUUGAUAUUGCUGACCAAGAGCGAGAGAGGCACUGCCUGCAGAAUGCAAGCCAAUACGAGAGCGCGGAGGGUGUGCACUUCUGAAGCCUCUAAUCUCGCAUAAGAGAUCGCACUGUGUUAUCGUUGUUUCGCGUGUCACAAGGUUUCUGCCAUGGUGCACCAAUCUAACCGACUGCUUCGCCAUCCGUUAACCAGCAUACACGCGAUUCCCGAAUGGCUCAUUCACUGGUUGACAGAUGAUGAAGCCGUUGGUUGGGUUGGUGCGCCAUGGCAGAAGCAUUGCAGCAAGCAAAACAACGGUAGCUGCUGGUUAACAGAUGGCGAAACCGCCGAUUACAUUAGUGCGUCAUGGCAGUAACGCUGUGCCACCUCUUAGGCGAGGCUCUGUCCACGUUCUUAUUGGCCUGCAUCCUGUCAUGGACAGCAAACACAAGGAUAGUUAGGAAAGAUAAGCCUGUGAUACUGAUACUACAUGUGAUACUGCGAUUUUGCUCUCUCAGGUAUUGUGACCUGAUUUAAACACUGUUUACACUCAGCAGAGCAUACCACUUCUAUUUCCUUUUUUUCCAAGUUAGCAUCCUGUGUGACGGCCAUUUUGUCGCCACAAUUGUAGGAAAACUAUUUUGGGGAACUUUCGCAGCAGUUGAAAGUGAAGGUCUCUUUCCUGGGAGUCUCAAGGCCAGACGCAAAAGCGGACCACGGGACAAAGACACCACCUGCUAUAUAAGCGGACGCCCAACAAAAGACGGCAUCUUCGGAAUCCUCCUGUGAGACAGUUCGCAAGGCUCUGCGCCAGAAUACUGCCACUGUCAUUACCCACAUCGUCCUCCAUCAGCUCGCCUGCCAGCUCCCGGGCUUUGACGUUCUCCUGCCGUGUGUAGCCAUCCUCCACGAACGCUUCUGUCCCAGUCCCUGUACGCUUCACAUGAAGACAACGCACUUCAAGGCGGUGAGCUCCCACUAGCUGUGUGUUGGAAUUCCGUGGCUUGACGCGUAUAGAUUGUAUCUCAUUUCCCCUCUGUAAAUACCGGGUAGUGUGACGUAGCUCUGUUAACGGGGCUGACGGUACACGACCAAAACAAAUCAAUGGACUCAGCACAAGGUAAGGGAAAACUCCGAACAGCAACAGUGCAAAUAAAUAUGGGUUUAAUAUCCCGAGCUAUGUACACGAGGUAUUUACAGAGGGGAAAUGAGAUACAAUCUAUACGCGUCAAGCCACGGAAUUCCA